UAAAUCAAUUUUGAUACGAAUAUUGUUUAUAUUCGAAAUUGCAGUCUAAGCAUAUUCAUGUCCGUGCGGGCCUCAGUGCAAAUGUAGAGUUAGUUUCGGUAGGUGUACUGUUCAUGGUGGAAAAUAAAGUAUGCAUAUCUAUCCUUGACACUUACUAUUGCUAUAUAAACUGUUGAAACUUACCGUUGGAAGUAAAUCUUAAACGGACCUUUGGCGGGCUAGUGUCAUCAUCAUGUACGGAAAAACGUAUAAGAUGGAGCCGAUUCAGCAGGAUGACAACUAUCAGGCCUUCUUCAACGACAUCAUCGACGGUGGUCUCAAACAUGCCUAUUAUAAACUAGAAUACACGUUGUACAAUUGCGAGUACUACCGAACGAAAGUUUCCACCGGCGAGAAACGGAAGGUAACCAUCAUUGGUGGCGGGAUAGCAGGUCUCGUUACGGCAUUUGAACUUGCACAGGCAGGACACGAGGUGCAGAUUUUGGAACUCCAAUCUCGAGUGGGUGGAAGGAUCAAGACAUGUAGGGAAAAGUUUUUCGACGGGAUGCACAGCGAAGGUGGCGCCAUGCGUCUACCAAGGAAUCACUUCCUAACUCACGCCUACCUGGACAAGUUUGACAUUGAAUUGAGACCGUUCCAAAACUACCAGGAAAACGCUUACAUGUAUCUCUAUGGCGACAAAAUAACAAUGAAAGAAUUUUCAGAAAACAAUAAGAAGUACUGCGACAAGUAUUGGCCUGGUUGGGAUGCGAAUCUUUCGAACGAUUUAAAGGAAAAAGUUACAGGUGUUUUGGACUACUUCGAGCGAACAACGGCUCCCGUGAUGAAACAUAUUAGACAUAACCGAACCUUUGACGGAUGGAGUGAUUGGUUAGAAACAUGGAGCAAGCUUUCGGUUGAGGACUUUCUGAGGACCGAAGACCCAAUAGACUUAUUGAGGACCACAGGCCCAAACCAUUUCCCGAAGACCACAUACCGUAUAGUCAAACUGUUGCGUCAUUGGCUCCCUUGGCCUGAAGUUGCUAUCAAGGCCUAUAAGGUAGCAUCAUACUCCCCGAUAUUGGACAGUUCGUUGGUGAGUGGUUUACGCGAGACACUAGGUGACUGGUGGGGAAAACAUCUCCAGAUACCCGUGGACGGAAUGGACGCUCUUCCAAAGGCAUUCUUUCGAAAAAACAAUGGCUACCAUAGAGACAUCAAUCUUUCAAGGAACAUUUUCUUCAACAUGAAAGCAGAGAAGAUCGAGGUAUCUGAAAAAGGUCGAGGCAGGUCAACGACCGUUUUCGCCAGAAACGUUACAACUGGUCAGCAGUACAAGUUCGAAGGUGAUGCUGUUUUUGUAACUGUUCCCUUACACAUUCUGAGAGACAUCGAGAUGCCAAAGCUCCUCACACUGCAGUUGAGUGAUGCAAUCACUGACAUGAACUACACUGCAUCCACAAAGAUAAUGCUACAGUCACGAGAAAGGUUCUGGGAAAAACAAGGUAUUAUUGGAGGCUUCAGCAAGACCAACAUGACAAUAGGCCAGUUGCACUAUCCCGGUUUCGAGGCCAACCAGGAAGACAAGGACGAAAAGGACGAAAAGGAGGAAGAGGACGACGAGAACGACGAUGUCGACGAGGGCGACAAGGACGACACGGAUGACGAGGACGACCAAGUUCCUGAAGAUAAAAGAGGCAUACUGAUGGUUUACACAUGGGGCACUGAUGCCCAAAUACUUGGAUCACAGACGCACCAAGAAGCUAUCCAGACCGCUGUCAACCAAAUCAGCAAAAUACAUCCAGAAUUUAUCAAUAACAAUCAGUUUGAAGUUGCAAUGGUACAAGCUUGGGAGAACGACCCGUCGACACAAGGAGCUUUUGUCAGUCUGAAGCCACACGAGUACCUCGAUAGCAUGAAAACCAUCUUCAAAUCCAGUCCACCUGUCUAUUUCGUAGGAGAAGCGAUCUCAUGGGCGAAUGGAUGGAUCCAGGGUGCGAUAUUCUCUGCUUUGCUACAAGCUUUCCGUUUCCAAGCUAACUUGGAAGCACCUGAAAAAAACCUAGAAGCGUUGAUGUUUGACGAUAUGUUUACCAGAUGUUCUUCACCACAGCCUCUACACGAUGAGAAAAGAGAGUAACGACAUAGUACAUUGAGUUACUACCAAACACUAUGAGAUUGAGUUAUGCCUCUCAACUACCGUAUACGCUUCUCAUAACCUUUCUUAUUAACUAUAUUUUAAUCAGUAAUAUAAAACAGUUACACGUUUUUUAUAUUUAUUCUUUUAUCACCAAUGUACACGCAUGUACAAAAUGAAUACAUAUAUUCAUCGUAAAAACAUAUAAGCUUAUUGUAAAUGAAGCAGUUUUCUUAUUCUAUCGUAGCAUGUCAAAUACAAUGCUUUUCUAUAAUCAAUCGGGGUUGUUGUUUUUUUGCCCUGUAAAACCUAUGAAAUCGCAUUGAGAAAUAAUAGUUCAUACAUUAAAAACAUUCUUAUAUAUGAAAAUUACUUUCAUAAAUAUAUCGUGCUUUUCUUGUAACCAUUAAUACGACACAGGUGCACCUUAAUAGGAGUCAAAACCACGGAAAGGCCAGCGAAAUCAAGAAUGUUUGUACAUGUAUAGUAAUGACAUUAAUGAUACAAGUAUGACAAAUCUAAAAUUACAUAAUCUUUAUUUAUAGCUCAUUUUUUUACCAGUGUUCUAUAAUACUACCUUGAGAAGUGAAAACAAAUUUAUCCUUUGUACAUUAGAUUGCUUGAAUAUCAAAAUACAUGUGUCAAAUUUAUCAUUAAAAUUUUGAGAUAG